AUGAGAGCUACGGCCUACGCAGCCAGCAUUAUUACUUUUACGUCAACCGCAUUGGCAUCUGCGAAGCCGGAUUUUGGUGAGGUUAUCCGUGGCGAUGACAAAGGACUUGACGCAGGGAUCAAGAUACAUCUAAGUCCCCAAAGACGGAAACUAGUUCUCAUCCAUUCCGCUUUUGCAGCUGUAGCAUGGCUGUUCUUCGCUCCCGUCGCAAUUAUUAUCGCAAGGUUUUUCAAAACUGCAAGAACCGGAAGGGGAAGGGUAUGGUUUCGUCUCCAUUUCACGAUACAGAUUGGGACGGUGAUCUUCAUGGUUUUGACUUUCAUAUUGGGUUACUAUGCAGUCCAGCCUGGCAGUAAAUAUCAAUUUAAGAAUCCACAUUUCCAGAUCGGGGCUGCGGUCUUCGCUGCAGUGUUGGCACAAGCCCUACUGGGUAUUGUCAACCAUUUCAUGCUACGACCGUUAAGAGUCCGACGCAAUACCCAAGAUCCUUUGAAGACACCUUUCUCGAACAAGCUCCACAUUAUCCUAGGAUGGGCUACCCUUGGGCUCGGACUUGCGAACAUUCCAAUCGGAAUGGUGCUAUACGGCACGCGCGGCAGGUUUCUGAUCCUAUUCGGGGUUUAUGUCCUUGGAAUCCUUCUGGUCAUAUUGGUUUUAGAAGCGGUGAGAGGACGGGAUAGAGGUGUCAUCCUGGAGAAAGAAGAAGAAAGAGGACGGGCGAGACGGAGAGGAUCGUCAUCGACGGAAAGUGUCCUGCCGGUCGCUGGGGCUGAGAUUCAAGAAGUUAUCUAUAUUCCUGUGGAAGAUGAGCCAGAGACAAGAACCGAAAGAAUGCAUACGGCACCGGAGAUUCCAGUCAUGUCGGUAGAACAGCCAGGAGCGGCACAGCCUACAACAACGACAGAGGCGCAGGCGGCGGGUUAUCCCGCGAAUCCCGCAGUGAAGGAGACGCCUAUCGAGCAAUCCACUGCCAAAGAACCGGCUCACGGGGAUCCAGUACUAGUGUUAAGGGAGACAUCAUCUGAGCAACCGACGUUGAAGGAAACAGCCACCGGUCACCCCGUUGAGGUCCCGGCUACGGAACGGCCAGCAGGAGAAGCUGGGGAACAGGCAGCAGUGGUUACUGAACCUAAGUCAGAAGACACAAAGUCAAAAUCAAAGGCAGGUCCUAUCCAAGUGUGA